CGCAGAUCGAGCAGCGGUUCCCUGGAAGAAUGGCGACCUAUCUGCCCGAGGAAAUGGUGGUGAAGAUAUUGUCGUUGCUGCCUCCAAAAUCUCUGAUCCGAUUCAAGUGUGUCUCCAAAAGAUGGCAUGCUCUCAUAGGAAACCCUGAUUUCCUCUCCAAAAACCUCCUCAAUCACUCCAUUCUCACCCAAAACCCUUGUGAUCCUCUCCAUCUUACCCUCUUCAUCGCCACAGACAUAUCCGACCCCCGCAAGCAAAUACACUCUUUCCGCUCUUACGACUCACUCCGCUGCGCGUCUCAAACCCCUCUGAAUCUCCCACCGGCACCGCCACGCUUUAACGUCGUCGCUUCGUGUAAUGGCCUCCUCUGUCUCUGGGACGAAUUGCGAAGCGACCUCUAUCUCUGGAAUCCCGCCACGUCAUCAGAACUUAAGGCUCUCCCGGCCGCGCCUUCUCGCUGUCGCGGCGAACCUAGACCCGCUAUAUAUGAUUGGGGGUUCUAUUUUGUGGGGUUCGGUUUCGACUCGGUAUCCAACGACUUAAAGGUGGUCACGCUUGUAGACGCAGAUGACUACGGAUGUUUGGAAGCAGAAAUCUACAGCCUAAAAUCUGGUUGUUGGAGACCGCUUGAUAUGAGCGUGAACUUUGAGUUGGGUCUCGUUCCGCAGGGCGCAGCUUUGGAUGGGGUUUUUCUAUGGUAUGAUGACGUAGUCGGGAGAUAUACGGACGACAGAAUAGUUGCUUUUGACUUCAGCGAGGAGGAGUUCGCAACGAUGACGUUUCCGGUUGCUAGCUUUUUUUGUGAUAACGAUAAAUACACGCGGACUCUCACGAAGUUGAAGGGAACUGUUGCUAUGGUACUUUUUCCUCGACAGGAGGAAUUUAUGUAUUUGGAUAUAUGGGUUAUGGUUGAAUUUGGUGUUACUGAGUCGUGGACUAGACUUCUUGGCAUUGAACUGCCAUUGCAUUUGGAAUGGCCAUUGGGGUUUUGGAAGAACGGGGAGUUGUUCAUGCAGAAUAGUGAGGGGCAGGUGGUAUUGUAUGAUCUUUUGGCACAAACAGAGACGAAUCUUCAGUUUGAAGGGUAUCGGGGAACGAUAAAAGUUGUGGACUACACGCUAGGAUAAUCCCUGAGCACCUCUCCCAUCUGCAUGGUAAAGAUGGAAGCUUUCAUCAAAUUGAAGUCUUUGACUGUUCAUGUAGGAUUGAUUGAAGGCAACAUGGAAGGGCUAGUCCACCCAUCUUAGAAGCAGUUUAUAUUAAGAUUUUGAUGUAGUAAAUGGCAAUGUCUGAACAUUUUAGCUAUGAAUAUCUAUCUUUCUAGUUGCGGGUA